AUGUUACCGGCUUUGCUCCAUGAAAACACGAUAAAUUUAUCAACCAAGGAAUUCGAACGAGGAGCAAUAGAUGAGGUCUAUAUUCGAUGUCGAAAUCUUGGACUUAUUCAAUAUAUUAUUCUUGAACACAGUGGCGUUUUAUUUGAACAAAGUUGGUUAUGUGAAUGUAUAUUGAUAACGAACGUUCGAACAGAUCGUUCAUGGUAUUUUCAUUGUAACAAAUGGUUGUCUUUAUUUCCACCUGGUGAUGGAUCACUUUCUAUUGAAUUAUAUCCCAGUAACAAAGCAGGAGAUCUACUUGAUGAUCGAUUUGAAUCUUCUCUUCCAAAAAUAACUGAUUUUGAAAUUGUAUGCGUUACUGGUGACAAACGUAACGCAGGUACUGACGCAAAUGUAUAUAUCACUUUAUUUGGAAAAGAAUCAAAAACAAAAAAAAUUCAUUUGCAAUCAAGAAGCAAAAAUCCAUUUGAACGAGGUCAAAGUGAUACAUUCAAUGUGAAAGCUGAAUAUGUUGGAGAAUUAGAAAAAAUACGUAUUGAACAUGACAAUACGGGAAGGGCUGCUGGAUGGUUUCUUGACCGCGUUAUUAUAACUGAUCAAUAUGAUCCAGACACAAAAUACUAUGUUUCGUGCAAUAAAUGGUUAGCCAGCGAUGAAGGAGAUGGUCAAAUUUCAAGAGAUUUAAUUUGCAGUAAAAAUGAAUUAGAUAAUAGAAAAUUAACAGUAUUUACGGGAAACAAGAGAGGAGCUGGUACAGAUGCCGACGUCUAUCUCACACUAUUUGGUGAGCUUGGUGAAUCAGGUGCAAUUUUAUUGGAUAAUAAAAAAAAUAAUUUUGAACAAGGAUCAAUUGAUCAUUUUGAUAUAGAAAUUCCAUCUGUCGGUAAAAUUGAUAAAAUUCUUAUAGCUCACAAUAACAAAAACAUAGCAGCUGGCUGGUUUUUGGAUAAAAUAUUAAUUGAUGAUAUUGAUCAACAUCGUAAAUACGAAUUUCGAUGUCAAAAAUGGUUAGCAACUAACGAAGAUGAUGGACAAAUAGCAAGAUUUUUAUUACCCGUUAAGGGGUCAGACACCGGCACAGAAGCAACAGCGGGUGGGUAA